GGAGGGAGGCUGCUUGGCCAGGUCGCUGGGGGCUAAUUAAGCCAUUGUCAGUGAGUAGCUUGGUAGUGGCACAGCAGAGGCAGGAGCUGUUUUCCUUGCCUGGAGCCAGUGGCCUCCCAGCACGCAGGUUCAGCAGCAGGGGCAGAGCUGUCUGGAGUCACGAGGGGAGAACUGGUGCCCAAUCUGACCCGCCGGCGCCUACGGGCUCAGUGCCCCCCGCCAGGAGUGGUUAGGAUGUCCCAAGGAGAAGGUGGGCGACACAAGGAGGCUUUCGAAUACCAUGACGUUACAAUAAACACCGUGGAGAAGGCUUCGGACCUCUACACCCAGCUCGAGAAACUGGGGGCUGGGAAGUUCGGGAUGGUUUACAAGCUGCAGGAGAAGGCCACUGGGAAGAUCCGGGCAGGGAAAUACUUCCGGACGCGGACACCCCGGGAGCGGGAGGCAGCCUGCAGGGAGGUGGAGCUGAUGAACCUGCUGCAUCACCCCAGGCUGGUGCAGUGCCUUGCAGCCUUCCAGAGCCGGGCGGAGCUGGUGAUGGUGAUGGAAUACGUUGCGGGCGGGGAGCUCUUUGAGAGGAUUGUGGAUGACGACUUCGAGCACACGGAGCCCACCAGCAUUCAGUACAUGAGGCAGAUCCUGGAGGGGAUCCAGUACGUCCAUCGCCAGAGUAUCGUCCACCUGGACCUCAAACCUGAGAACAUCGUCUGCGUCAGCACGAGCAACCACUGGGUCAAAAUCAUCGACUUUGGUCUGGCACGGAGACUGGAUCCGAACAGCCCCGUGAAGGUGAUGCACGGCACCGCGGAGUUCACGGCCCCGGAAGUGAUCGCCUUUGAGCCGGUGGGAUUCACCACGGACAUGUGGAGCAUCGGCGUGAUCUGCUACAUCCUGCUGAGUGGGGACUCCCCCUUCCAGGGGGACAGUGACAUGGAGACGCUGCACAACGUCACGGCUGCCCAGUGGGAGUUUGACGAGGAGACCUUCUCAGAGAUCUCCCAGGAGGCCAAGGACUUCAUCAGCCAGCUACUGCAGAAAGACAGCCGCUGCCGGCUGCCCAGCGACCAGGCCCUGGCGCACCCCUGGCUGCGGAAGACUGAGCAGAGCGACACGAAGGUUCUGUCCAAGGAGAGGAUGAGGCGAUUCCUGGCCCGCCAGAAAUGGCAGAAAACAGGCAACGCCGUGGUGGCCCUGCGGAGAAUGUCCCGGCUGGCCCACAAGUUGGAUGAUCCGGUGACCACCCCCAUUGCCCAGGAGAAGGGAGAGCUGGGCCACACCCAGGAAGAGGAUCAGAUCUUCUCCUUCCUGCCUCAGCAGAUCGAGCAGGGGCCCAGCUGGGAGCCACUGAAGGACCAAGUGGCAGUGGAAGGCAGCAGUACCUGCCUCCAGUGGCACAUUGAAGGUUUUCCCCACCCAGAGGUGACAUGGCUCUGGAACGAUGCCCCUGUCCAGGAAAGUCCUCGGCUUCCCAUAAACUACGAGGAGAAUGGAAGCUGCUCCCUCGCCCUCGCGAGGCUCUCGGUGGAGGACACGGGGCACUGCGUGUGCAGUGCGGGAGGGGAGGCGGAAUGCAGUGCCAGGCUGAUGGUACAGAGAGGCAGCAACACACAGACGCCGAACGCAGAAGAGGGCCCUGGAACUGACCAGCAGUGAGAGCAGCAGGCCAUGGGCUCUGUGCCCGGCAUUGGCGGCAUGGCCUACAGGGGGCACUCUGCUUCCAGCCCGGCUCUUUCCCUCAUCCGUCCUUACGUUUAACUCCAUCGCUGGGCUCCGGGAGUGAACCUUGCUGCUUCCCACUGGGCCGGGACAUGGCAGGCAGCCGCAGCGUGGACAAGCUGGGCCCAAUCCCGCAGUCCCCAAACAUGCAAAUCCCCAGUCAAUCCAUUUCACUGUGCAGGGAGUCUGGCCUGGGAGGAUCGAGCCCGAAGUGCCUGGACCAGCCUCUCUGCUUCCACCUCCCCUCUGCCAGGCCGGGCACUCGUGGCCCAGCUACAGGACAGCACGGGAUUGGGGAGGGUGGAUCUCCCUUAACUCUGCAACCCCUCUGAGCCAGGGGCAAGGCUGGGCCCGCUGCCCCACCGAACACGGGGCAAAGUACAAGCCAAGGGGCAGGUUGCUCCCGCCCCCCAGUGAUGGUAACAAACUCAGCUGCAAAUCUCAUUAAAUCCCAAUAUCCUGGCGUCAGCCAGUGUACGACGUGUGGCGUCACUCAAGUAUCAAGUGUUUUUGUUAGAAUGGAUCCAGCCUCCAUGCCCACCGCUCCAGC